AUGGGGAGUCGAGUGAUUCAACUCGAUCAGAAAACUCCAUCUUUCGCCAUUCACGGGAUUCGUUUACAAAGACUGCUGGCUGUGACUCUGAUCACUGCAAACCCUAUCGACUACAUCAUUGAUAUCACUCAAAACAACUGCAGUUUAAGAGCAGAAGUUUCAUUUGAUUGCUUGGAUGAGAUGCCCUUCUUGAUAGAUGAUUUGGAUCUCUCAAGUCAGCGCUUCACAGAAUAUGUUAACUAUUCCUACUAUCCAUCGAACGAUUUCAAAGGGUAUUACUACAGCUCAUCACUGACUCUCGGAAAUGUCUCGAAUUUGACGCUUCGCAAUCUCCCGAGCAAUGCAAAUGUCUCCAGAAAUGAAUUCGCGAUUUCUUUUCGUGUUCAGCAAUGGAUUACUGAAGCAAUGAAAGUCUUCAUAAUUCCCGGCAUUCACGACGAAGGCGCGCUGGAUAACUUUAAAGUAUUGAUCAAGCCAAAUGUGAUUGCCACCAUUGUGCCAAGUCCUGAAACUUACAAAGAAGAUGGUCCAUUAACAAUGCAUCAAGUAGUCACUCCAUCAAAAUCGGAUGAACAAUGUCGAUAUUUCAAGUCUCAAAUCAGUUGCCCUGACACAACAGCCUAUUUAACGUAUGCUGGUGGAGAUCCUGGCUCUACAAGGAAUAAGGAUUACCUUUUGUAUGAUGGAAAGGACGAUUAUUUGAUGCUUACGCGGAACACGGCUGUCAGUGUGUUCACCGACGACAAUUGCACUUUUUGUUUAGCAUUCGACACUCGAUCAGCGAGAGAAUGGUUGGAUCACUUCACUUUGUGGACACCUUUUUGGUAUCCUUGGCUGCCGGAUCGACCCGAUCAACUUGAGUUAUCCAAACGGAAACAAUGCCAAACCCUUUCUGAACCAUUUUUGGGUAGUGAAAGUCAUCCAGCAUUCGGUGAAAUGAAAAAGGUUGUUAACGGAAGGGUAGAGUUCGAGGGAUACGAAGGAAAUUGUUACAGUAGCAAAAGGAACAUCGACAAAACAUUCGACUCAAUCAAGCCAAAUCCAUUCUUCAAUUUCUCCGCGCAUUGCAUUGUGAUCACUUGGUGUGUUGGCUCUAAUAAUGACACUGAUCAAGGAUUUCUCUUGUAUCUCACCCAGCUAAACAAUUCCUUGACAACACCAGGGACGACUGAGCUUUUUGAUAGUUCAUCUUCAGUUCCCGAUCUCAUCACGACAAAAGCACCUAAGUCUCCAUGGAAACCGCCCCUUUUUGGGGCAACUGUUUGGAUUAUCAUUUUAGCAAGUCUAACAAUGAUCGCUUUUUGUGUUUAUUUGUUGAGUGGACUUAUUUUUGGGAUAAAGACUGGAAUAUUUGCCCGAACUUUGAUCAAAAUUAUGGAUCGCCACACUGUUGAUCAAAUCAGAAAAAGUAUGAAUAAGAAUUAUCGCCAGCGAAGAAUUGCUAACAAAACUGAGGACAUUGCGUCAAUUUCAGGAAAGGCAGCGAAUAUCGUUGUUGAUCAAGAGUCUCUCACAUGUUUCGUUGUGAGAGAUGCGGAUAUCAUUCAGAUUCGAGUUCUUUUCAUUUACGAUACGGCCUCUAAACCGUUUUCCCAGCUGAACAUCGCCAAUUUUGCAGAAGGAAACGCGGACACGAUGCGAGUGAGACAGGCGAUGGACUUCUUUAUGAAUGGCGAUUAUCGGGAGAGAUUGGCCCAAACUCUAUUCGAAGUGUCGAGAUUCGAUCGAAUAUACGAGACUUGUCUCAUCAAUGUUUUAAUCUGCGAUCUCAUCAUAUGCUUAUGCGAGAUUUUGAUUCCCGUUUCUCGAUUGGGAAUGUUGUUUACAAAGAGAAAUAUGGCAACUCUCUCAAUUUUCCCUCGAAUCGUUGUCACUUUGUUGAUGGUUUUGAUUUGGGGAUGGAGUGCAGGGAUUGGGCUUUACAUUGUUGGAUGGGUGGAUAUGGAUUUCAUGUUUAAAGGAAACAACUACUCAAUUGCGUAUGCAACCGUAACUACAAAUCUUUUCCUCACAACUUACUCCAAUAAAUGCAUUCCCGGAUUUCUCUUUGUAACAAUUAUCAUUUAUAUUCUCUUCUUCAUCAUUUUAUAUCUGCGAAAUCUUUUCUCGAGUAACGCUCAAUUGAAAGCGAGAGUUGUGAGGAGCGUUCUGGCGGCAAUGCUGCAGAAUUUGGCUGGCCUCAUUUCUUCACUUCCCAAUCUCUACGAUAUUCUCCAAUAUGAGAAUCGCUCCUGGAAAUGGCCUGGGAUUCCGAUUCAAAUCUUUCAAUUGCUCUUCAAAUUGGGCACAAACUUUUAUGCGACUUUUACCGCAUGGAUUGUCAUCAUUUGCAUAAAAGAGUAUCGUCAGCCGGUUCUCAAGAAGUUCUUUUCUUUAUGUAAUUUUGGUCAACAAAAAAUUGGGAUGAGUAACACGUCGAAACAAGCGACAACUCUUAUCAUUUCCAAAAAG